AGCGCGUGACUCUGCAUCAUGUGACGAGAUCUGUUUUUGUUGCCUGCUGGCAGCUACACAGAGGACAAAAAAGUGUAGAAAGCCUCAAUUAAAAUGUUAGGAACGAUGGCUUUUUAAAAUACAGGCUCGAUGAAGAUUUGAUUUUGUUUCACGGCGCUGUUAUUUUUUUUAACGGCACGGCUUUUUGAACACUACGUCCAAUGAAUACCUCUUUGUGAAGUGUCACCAGUCAUUUGUUGAACGUGGUUCUGCACUGAAGAUGAAUGCUCUGGUGGCUCUCUGUCACUUCUGUGAGCUCCAUGGCCCUCGAACCCUGUUCUGCACUGAGGCACUACACCCGCCUUCCCCAUCCCCUUCAUCCCAGGUAGGUGCCCAAAUGCCAGGGGACCGAGAUGGUGACCGUGAUGGUGAAGGUCUAACCAUGAAGGCCAACAGCUCAGCCACACAGAAAGAAAUGUGUGAGGGUUGCCGAUCCUUGCCUGCAUCUCACCCGGGCUUUGUUAGCAUUGAUGAUGAAACAGGCAUCCGCUUCCUGAGCCACCAGCACCCCAGACAGCCCCAGCUUUUCAGCGUGGUCCGACAGGCUUGCGUACGCAGUCUCAGCUGUGAGGUGUGUCCCGGACGUGAAGGGCCCAUUUUUUUUGGAGACGAGCAACAUGGAUUUGUGUUCUCACACACCUUCUUUAUCAAAGACAGUCUCGCUAGAGGCUUCCAGCGUUGGUACAGUAUUGUUAUGGUAGCCAUGGACAGAAUCUACCUUAUAAACUCCUGGCCUUUCCUGCUGCGUCACCUCAAGCUUACUAUACAGAGUCUGCAGAGCACAGCUCUAAAGGUGUUUGACAAUGAACAGGGAGUUUGUCCCCAGCGAGCUGUGAGGAUGAACAGUGCAUUUUCACCUGCAGUUUUUCCACACCAAAGGAGCGGCAAUGCAGCCCGAUCGCUGACUUCGCUCACCCAGCAUCCUAACCUCUGGGCCAGCCUGCACUCCUCCUUUAGCUGGUUACUUAAAGCUUGUGGUAGCCGUCUGACGGAGAAGCUCCUGGAAGGAGCCCCCACCGAGGACACUCUGGUGCUCAUAGAGAGACAAACGGAGCAAGAGGAGGAAAUGAGCUGCUGGGAGGGAGCAGAAGGAGGUGCUUCAAAGACGCAGAGGCACCUGUCAGAGACCGAGCUGGCCCACAACUUCCUGAGCGAUGAUACAAAACUGGAUGAAUUACCUGGUCCAAAAUUUAGGUCACUGAGGCAUUUGAGACAGGUCCUCGGGGCUCCUGACUUUCGACAGCUAGCCUGGCACGUGCUCAUGGGAAAUCAGGUCAUAUGGAGAGGUGCAGAUCCAGUUCUCAUCCAGUCAGCUUUUACAGUGCUAAAGUCUUUGCUCCCGGUAGGCUGUGUGCGCUCCGUGCCAUACAGCUCUCAGUACGAGGAGGCCUACAAGUGCAACUUUCUGGGUCUCUGCCCCGAUGUGCCUAUUCCAGCUCACGUCAGCUCCUCAGAGUUUACAGUGCUCGUGGACGUCACCUCAGAGAGAAGCUGUCACAUCCCAGCUGUAAGAGAAGACGACAUCAGCUCGCUUUAUCAGUUCACCAUCACCAGUGCCAACACACAACCUAUAGACAGGGGUCCAGCAUUACUGAACAAGCUGGAGGUCGCUCUGUGCAAUGAGAACCUGUCGGUGGAUGUUGUGUCUCACUGCCUGCUGUGUUUGAAGGAGGAGUGGAUGAAUAAAGUCAAAGUGCUGUUCAAGUUCUCCAAAGUGGACGGUCGAGGAAGAGAGGACACGCAGAAGGUUCUGGCACUCCUCGGUGCUACGGGGCCCGGAGAAGAGGACAACGUCAGGCUGCUCAAGUACUGGAUGACUGGACUUAGCAAAACAUACAAGAGCCAUUUAAUGACAGCUGUCCGAGGAGGGGAGAGGAGCCCCAGCCAGUGACAAAGAAGAGGAGGAGGAGGAGAUUAGGAUAAAGAAAGGGGAGCUGAAAUGAGGGGGAAUGCCAUUUCUUUGACGUUCCCCUUGUUUUGUUUUGUUUUCUUUUAUUAAUUUGUUUAGUUUUGGGGGUUUUUUCUUACCCACAUUCUUGUCAUUUAAUGACAGGACUGUGAACGGAUGACACAAAGGGUUUCGCUCGUCAAUUAUGGUUGUUUUCAGUAACUGUUGUGUAUCUAACGAUGAUGAUUAUCUUGCUCACUAAACAAGUAGAAUCAGUUUGGAUAAUGCAUGAGGGCUUUUAUUUGUCAAAGGGAACUCUUAUAGGAGACCUUUUUAUACAGAUAUGUAAAGCUUAGCUUAUUACAAAAAAAGACUUUGCACUUUGUUUACUCCUGCUGAUGUUUUAAAAUAAAAUAAAACCAACUUUGAGCCUGACAUCCUUUCUCGACCCAUGGUUGGCUCCACCUUGUGGUGAAUAGAAAGAAAAUGGGAGGGAAAGUGAAGCGGAGGUGGAGACCUUUUGUUUCUCCAUCACCUCCCACUCGUUUGAAGGUCUUCCUGCGAGCAAGCUUUAAGUGGUGUAAGACAGCACUUUAAAAAAAAUUUUUCCCCCCAAGUCCUGAAACAUACAAAAAGUGUUGCCUAACAAGGACCUGGGACAGAUGACCACAUCGGCAGGAUUUGGGGUUUUUAAUGAACCAGUCACUCUGAUCUGCUUUUUUGUUUUUUCCAUGCCAGUUAUAUGAGCCUGUUGAUGUGCUGAAGCUCGCAGACUUUACUCAGUAAAAUGUGGCUUUAUUUAAGUUGGAGGAUGUUUUUGAAAAAAAAUUUCAUGACCCCAAAAUUUUAAGUUUCAAACUUGUGUUUUAGUCCUAAUUAUGAAGGAAAAAGUGAGUUUGCAUAUAUUGGAGUGACUAGGGUUUUUUUUCCUAUUUAAAGGAAUGCACUUCUUUUGUUUUUAUUAAAUCUGGAUUUCAUUUGUUGAGUUAGGCUCUGACAUGUGUGGACUUCAUCUGCAGCAGCUUCACAAAUUUUCUGCGUAUUUACUUCCCUCUGAAUUUUAAAUGCAGUAUGAACCAGGAAGACGGCACUCUGACUAGAUAUUUAUGUCGAUCAUUAUAAACGUAGCAUAAGUAAAGAGGUUUUGAUUUAGUCAUGCCUUGGGGAAUAUGGAGCCCUCGCUUGCUGCGGCUGUCUGGUUUCCUUUUCCUGUCAGUAGAGAUGCCUCUCUGAGAAAUUUUCCUCUGUCCUUUGGCUUAUGAUCCAACAAACAUGAAGAAUAACGACUUCCUUCCUUUCAUCAUUAAUCAACUCCUCUGUUGACAUCUGACUGAUAUCCCAAACCAACGUGAUGCUUUGCGUAACCUGGGGCCACAAAACAACACUUUACAGACAGGAUGAUGACAGCUGUGCACAGCUA